AUGGAGCAUGAUGAGGCACCUCGUCCUGGGUCUCCACGCAACGUGAUUGACCCUGGGCCUUCAGACAAGACUCUCCUAACUUUACAGGAGAAACAUAUAUCCACACAUGUGUGGAACACCUGUGAGGAUCCGAAUGUCCCGGAUCGUGUGAUUAAUGUGCGACAUGCUGCGACACAUGAUCACCGUGCCAUUCCUGAAGAGAUUGAGCCAUGGCUGAGGCAGGCUGGCUUCUACCAUGUUGCGCGCCUGCGCAAUCAUGAGAUAGACCAUUCACUUGUUUCUGCGCUUGUCGAGCGAUGGCGCCCAGAGACACGGACAUUUCAUAUGAGGAUGGGCGAGGUCACCAUUACCCUGGAGGAUGUGCAUCAUCUACUAGGAUUGCCCACUGAUGGUGACGUUGUGUCCGAGCGCCAUGGACGACAUCCAUUUAAUCAGUUAGUCAAUGACUACUUAGGCGUAAAUCCACAGGCUGGUAGGGAUUUGUCUGGAGAACGACUGUUGUGCGAUGAUUUGCCAUACAAUAUUGUUUAA